GUCACCACCGUUAAACACUUUUCCGAGAAAAGCUUCUCUCAUCUUUUAUUUUCCCGGAAAAAAAACAAAAAUCAAAAUUUUGACUCCUAUCUUCCGAUCUCUUUACCAACUCUCGUACAUCUCAGAUCCAAGCGAUGUCGAUGAAUCGCCGUAAACUAUUGCUGUUGUUCUUCGCUAUCUUCUCCGUCCUGCUUCAAUCUUCCACUUCCCUAAUUAGUUCCUCUAGCGUCUUCAUCAAUCCUUCCAAAGUUAAACAGGUUUCAUCGAAACCCAGGGCGUUUGUGUAUGAAGGGUUUCUCACGGAAUUGGAAUGUGAUCAUAUGGUUUCUCUUGCAAAAGCAAGCCUGAAGAGAUCUGCUGUUGCUGAUAAUGAUAGUGGAGAAAGCAAAUUCAGCGAGGUUCGAACCAGCUCUGGCACGUUUAUCUCCAAAGGAAAGGAUGCCAUUGUUUCUGGUAUAGAAGAUAAAAUCUCCACUUGGACAUUUCUUCCAAAAGAAAAUGGGGAAGACAUUCAGGUACUGAGAUACGAGCACGGUCAAAAAUACGAUGCUCAUUUUGACUACUUUCAUGACAAAGUCAACAUUGUUCGUGGUGGACACCGCAUAGCAACGGUUCUCAUGUAUCUAUCCAAUGUGACGAAAGGUGGAGAAACCGUAUUCCCUAAUGCAGAGGUACCUUCUCGCCGAGUACUCUCUGAAAACAAAGAAGACCUUUCUGAUUGUGCCAAAAGAGGAAUCGCCGUGAAACCAAGGAAAGGAGAUGCUUUGUUGUUCUUCAACCUCCACCCGGAUGCAAUCCCAGACCCAUUGAGCCUUCAUGGUGGGUGCCCUGUUAUCGAAGGAGAGAAAUGGUCGGCGACCAAGUGGAUCCACGUGGACUCAUUCGAUAAGAUUGUGACACCAAGUGGAAACUGCACGGAUAUGAAUGAGAGCUGUGAGAGAUGGGCAGUUCUUGGGGAAUGCACAAAGAACCCAGAGUACAUGGUUGGAACUACUGAGCUUCCUGGCUAUUGCAGGCGAAGUUGUAAGGCUUGUUAGACUUAAUUUUACCUCUUCUUCUUCUUGUUCUGUGCCACAAAACUCUCAAAGUUUUCUGCUUUUUGGAGUUUCUUUUGUUGUUGUUUGUUGUAGAGUUGUUGUCGUUGAUGAACUUUGUUCUAAGGGGAGUUCUGUAAAACUAUAAAUGUUCCUGAAGAAAAGAAUAUGUAAACAGUAAACAGAAAGAUUCAGUCAAAUACUUUAUAGGUUAUUAAACAUAUAAGUGUAUUUCUUGGUAUUGUCAACACAGUGUCAUGUCUGUUAUUGAUGAA